AUGUCGUCCCUCCGCGGCGCGUCUCUCUACUCUGGCAUCUUUGGCGACGAAGAGGGCGAGGCGGCCAAGGACAAUGACGCCGCCGCCGCAACAACAACCACGACGGCCGACUCUUCGACCCCCGCUGCCGACGCAGCCUCGACCAAGUCGGAGCAAAACAAAUCUACAGGCUCAGCGCCAGCCUGGUCCGCCGCGCUGAGGUUCGCCCCCCGCAAGAGCGCAGCAGCCAGCAACAAGGCCAAGCCCAGGCCCAGCGCCGCCCUCCUCGCCUCGUUUGCUCCGCCGCUUCCAGCCGAUGCGCCCGGCACAGGCAGUACGGGCGGAGUCUCGCAGGUCGGUGCGGCCAAGGCACCCGCCGCCUCGUCUGCUGCUGGCAGCCACCCUUCGCCCUCAAGCCAGCCUCCCGCCGCCAUGGCCGCUGCCUCGCAUGCUGCGACAGGCGAGGCAUCUGCACCGCGCCCAUCUCACGAGAUUGGCCUUAGGGCCAACCCGAGCAUCGCAUCGAUCCAGACGACCGCUAUCCGGCUGCCCGGUGCCGCCUCCGAAGCGGCGGCUGCACUGCCUGCCGCGACGCCGGUCCACGCCCCUCCGCCCACGACCUUGCCGCCCGAAGUGCUGGAACGGGACCGCCAGCUUGCCAGAGCCGCAGCAGAAGCGCGGGGAGACAGGCCGGUCCAACGACGAGGCGGACCCAGCGCAGACGCAGACGACGACCGAUGGGAUGAAGAGGGCGGAUGGGAGGGCGAGGACGACGAAGACGUCAACGGCUUCCUCGCCUCGUCUGCAGGCAAGAAGGCCAGCAAGAAGAAGAAGAACAAGCGGAAGCGCGGCGUCAGCCCACCGACCGGCCCCAACAUGGACCACGACUACGACCCACGCGUGCCCAACGACUACAUCGCCUAUCGCGAGCUCGUUGCGAAACGGCGGCAGGCCGAGCUGACGGCGAUCAGGGAAGAGCAGCGGCGGCACCGAGACGACAAGUGCGACGAUGGCCAGCAGAGGAGCGACGGAGGAAGCUGA